CUCUACUUUUCUCUUCAUCAGCUCUACUCUAACUCUGGCUCUCUCUUCUGCAAAUACGGAAGACUGAAGCAUCAAUGGCGACGCUAAGGUGUAAUCUACCUAAAAAAUAUUACCUUCUGAGUUGGGGGGGCAUGAGGAUGAUUUCUUUCUAGUAAUUUACUAAGCAUUUAUUUUCUCUUUUUUCCCUUAUUUCUAUCUCUAUAUAAUAUAUAUGAAUCGGUCGGUACGGUUUGUGGGUCGGCACCGGCGUCGGAAGGGUCAUCAAGUUCGGUUCACCGGCGUCGAAAGGGUCAUCAAGUUCGGUUCACCGGCAUCGGCUCCUUCGGUCGGCCCAAAGUUCGGUGCGGUUUGGUCGGUGAGGUUGGGUCACUGCUCACCCCUAUAUCAAACAACAAGUCAACAACUACCGAAAUGAACACGAACCGUUACGCGCCUUUUGGAGGUAAAUGCACCGUUUGAUGAUAUGGUUUAGCAAUUUUCCUUGUUUAGAAGAGUUAUGUCGGCUUCCUAUAUAAUUCUAAAACAUGUCUGUGUGUGUCGUGUCUCAUUGAUUCGCUUUUAACACGAGGGCUAAAAAAUUCGGCCAAACACAAUUCACAGAGGUUUUACUCUUUCUUCAUCAUAACAACAUUCCCAUUCCCAACCAAGGUUUUAUAAUUUGGGUGAACGACUAGAGUCUUUAAACAUUCAGUGUAAAGCUCAAAUGGGUCAUCAUCGUCAUCUUCUUCUUCUGUUAAUUUUAACCUCAUUUUCAUUGAAGUGCCAGUCAUGGGGUUGGUUCUCUCCUCCUGCAGAGAAUCAGUUUGAUGAGAAAGAUUCUUUUACAAAGGAUAAUUCUGGCCUUGCUGAAUUCUCCAUGGAAGGUUUUAAUGAUCCGAAUGGAAAAAGGCUAGUAGAAAGUGCUAAGAAGAAAUUGGUUGGUACAAACUCUUGUUGGCAAAAUGCUUACCAGCAUCUCUUUGCCGGAUGCUCAGAGAUUUUUGCGGUGGAAGAGAAACGAUCUAGAUUUGCUUGGCAUCUUGGUGAUUGUUUUCAAAAGGACUGUGGCAGGCCACCUUUUCCUUUCUGUGACCCAAAAUCUGCCAUGGUUAAAUGCUUAAAGAACUUAAAUGAAGAUGAGCAUAAGGUUUAUCUUGAAUUCUAUCUUGAAACUAACUCCAUCUGCCAUCAGUUACAGGUUCACGCAUUCAAGCAACAAACAGAGAGAUUGGUGAAUGAAUUGAAAACUUCAGCCCAACUCGCUGAAGAAAAAUUAGAAAUUAUAGAAGGCAAAACAGAAUCUCUAUUGCAGAACUCAAAUGAAAUUUAUGAUUCUUUGAGUUCCAUUGAUACUCGAAUUCAACUAGUAGCUUCAACAACUAAGGAUGUAGGAGAUCAUAUAGAUGUUGUUCUCAAGCAUUCAGAAGUUUUAUAUGAGCAAUCAAAGGAGCUUGCAGCUUCUCAAUCAGAGUUGCAAGAAGGACAAGUGGAAAUGAGAAGAAGUUUGGUGGAUGGGAUGGCAACUCUUAAAGAUUCUUACAACAUUUUGGGCCAAGAAAUAGAUAAUUUAAGAAAUGAGGCCAUUGAAUUAGAGAAGGGGAUAACUAAAGUUGGCGAUGCAAUGUCUACGAAGAUGAGAAGUCUGCAAAGCAAAGCGGAUGACAUUGGGAUUAUGGCAGGGGUUUCCUUAGACAAGCAGCAACAACUUUUAGAUGGGCAAUCCACAGCACUUGAGGGUCUUCAAAUUUUAACUAAAUUUCAAUCCAAAGCACUGGAGGAGAGCAGGAGUACUCUGCAACAGUUAGCUGAAUAUGGCCACAGACAACAGGAAGAGCUUCUUCGGCGGCAAGAACAGAUUCAGAGAGUUCAUGACAACUUGAUGGAAAAUUCGAAGUCAAUUUUGGCUGCUCAGGAAUCUUUUGAAUCAAAGCAAGCAAGCAUGUUUAUUGCUGUAGAUAAGCUGUUUGCUUUGCACAAUGCCAUGCUGCUUGAAUCACGAUUAAUCAAAGCUUUCUUUGUGUACUGUAUAUCAAUCUUUAUCAUCUACAUGUUCACUAGCACGAAGCAAACAUACAAAGUCAGACCCUGGCUAUAUAUCGGACUUUGUGCUACAUUCAUCAUUGAAGUUGCAAUACUUCGGCUUGCAACGAAUGAUAAUAUUGAACAAAAAUCAUGGAUAAUAAAUUUGGUCAGGUCACUCUUUUUGCUUCUUGCUUCAAUUCAGAUUCUACAUGCCAUAUACACAUACAGAGACUAUGAAGUGCUGAACCAUCAGAUGCUACUAACAUUAAUUGAGAAGAUUAAUGGCAUGCAAAGAUACAAGGAGUUGGCAUGGGACAUGGAUAGUGAUGUAAACUGGUCAACAUGGAUUGACACUGAAUUACCGGAAGAUGUAAGCAAAUUUGAAGACCCUGACUUCAUAGUUCCAGAAGAAGUUGGAGAAAAUUCAAUCAUGACCACUUCAAAUACAAGACGUUAUAAUCUACGCAGCCGUCGAGUUCAUUGAGAAUCUUCUAGAGUGCUAGUAUUAGUUUCCAUGAACUCGACAAUCUUCUUAGUGCUAGUAUUAGUUUCCAACAAAAAUUUACGAUAAUGUACUUUCAGAUCAAACAGUGUAUGUAUUGGUUUCUUAAUUUGGUAAACUUUUAUGUUCAAUAGAAAUUUUUUUGAUGCUACUUGAUUGUGGGGGU